AUGACAGACAAUCAGUAUGCUACAGAAGAAUUGAAUCAAUUGCAGAAAGAGCUUGUUGCUAAGAAUCCAAUUGAUGUGUUGCAGUUCUGCGCCAAUUACUUCAACUCGAAAUUGGAGCUCCAGAGAUCGCAGUUGUGGCAGCAGCAGAAUAAGGCGAAGGCGGCGGGAAUUAACUUGUUUCCGCUGAUUGAUAAUGUGUUCAACUCGGACGGCGGGGCCAUAAUGACGACCAACAAGAGACAACCUAGCUUCAAGUCGCCAUUUGGGGACAACGAUCCGACACUGAUCGACCACCACCAUGACGAUGAUCCUAAGGAAGCACCAGGGGCUUCGAAACAGCAAAAUAAGGCCGAAUUGUUCAAAGGGGGAUUUGGAGUUGGCAAAAGUACGCCGCUGAAGCCAUUGCAGGAGUUGGAUCCCAACGACCCAUCGCAUUCGGCUUCCCAGGACACAGAUGCUGCUCCACCGGUGCCUAAGUCCAAAAUACCAGUUGCAUUCAAUGCGAAUAGAAGAACCUCGGUAUCGGCAGAAGCCAUGAACCCCAACAAGUUCAAAUCAGACUCGUGGAAGCCCCCAAUCAACGACUUGACUGCCGCACAAAAGGUCGAGUUAUCCAAGACGUUGGGUUCCAAUUUCCUUUUCCGCCAAUUAGAUGUCAGCUCAAAGAAGACGGUUAUUGAGGCCUUAGGAAAGAAAGAAUUCAAGAAUGGCGACGAAAUCAUAAAGCAAGGUGAUGAAGGGGACUACUUCUACAUAAUCGAAAAGGGUACCGUUGAUUUCUACGUCAAUGGAAACCAGGUCAACUCCAGUGGUGAAGGGUCUUCUUUCGGUGAAUUAGCAUUGAUGUACAACUCACCAAGAGCUGCCACCGCAGUGGCGGCCUCCGAUACAGGAGUCACCUGUUGGGCGUUGGAUAGACAAACGUUCCGUCGUAUUUUAUUAGAACGUACGUUCAAUAGAAGAUUGAUGUACGAAGACUUCUUGAAGGAUGUCAAAGUAUUGUCUAGCUUAUCGAGCCAGGAAAGACUGAAGUUGGCCGAUGCCUUGAGCACAGAGAUCUACCACAAGGGAGAUAAAAUCGUCAAAGAAGGCGAGCAAGGUGAAAACUUCUAUUUCAUCGAAAGUGGUAGCUGUCAGGUUUCUAAGGAUGGCAAAGGUGUACUCACCAAGUUAUCAAAAGGUGACUAUUUCGGUGAGGUUGCAUUGUUGAAUGAUUUACCAAGACAAGCCACUGUAGAAGCAUUAGAUACUGUUAUUGUCGCAACUUUAGGUAAAUCAGGCUUCUCCAGGUUAUUAGGUCCUGCGGUUGAUAUAUUAAAGAGUCAAGAUCCUACUGCGAACCAAGGCUCCAGUAAUUAA